AUGGGCACUACGGGGCACGAACCAUCAAAGGUUGCGAACCUCCUAACACUCCUCGUCGCUCUCGCACUCUGGUCAUCCCGGCCCUCGCAAGCCCAGCCAGGCAUCGCCGUCUACUGGGGCCAGAAUGUAAACGAGGGCACCCUAGCCGACACCUGCGCCACCGGAAAUUACGAUUACGUCCUCAUCUCCUUCCUCACCACCUUCGGCCAAGGCCAGACCCCCGUCCUCAACCUCGCCGGCCACUGCACCCCAGACAACGACGGCUGCACGUCCCAAACCGACGGCAUCCGCGCCUGCCAGGCUGGUGGCGUACGCGUCCUCCUCUCCCUCGGCGGCCAAACCGGCACCUACAACCUCCCCACCCCCGACUCCGCCCGCCAGGUGGCAGACUACCUGUGGAACGCCUUCUUGGGCGGCAGCUCCGGGCCGAGGCCCCUGGGCCCCGCUGUCCUCGACGGCAUCGACUUCAAUAUCGAGUCGGGAACGGGCCAGAACCUUGAUGAGCUGGCGCGGGCUCUGUCGGGAUACUCGGCUCAGGGGAGAAGGGUUUACCUGUCCGCGGCCCCGCAGUGCCCUAUCCCGGACGAGCACCUGGACACGGCUCUUCAGACUGGGCUGUUUGAUUUCGUGUGGGUUCAGUUUUAUAACAAUGCGCAGUGUGAUUAUAGGAGUGGUGUGGAUAAUUUGGUGGCGAGGUGGAAUCAGUGGGCCGAUGGGCCGGGCCGGCAGCUGUUCUUGGGCCUGCCAGCGGCGGUGGAGGCGGCCCCGGAUGGAGGGUAUAUGGAGUCAGAUGUGUUAGUGUCUCAGGUGCUGCCGAGGAUUAGGACGAAUCCCAAGUACGGAGGGGUGAUGCUGUGGAACAGGUUUUUCGACCAGGGAUAUAGUUUGGAUAUCCGGGGUAGCCUUUGA